AUGUUAAAUUGCUAUUAUAGUAUUCUUGGAGUUGAUCAAAAGGCUUCUUUGGACGAUAUUAAGAAAGCAUACAAACGUCUUGCUUUGAUUUAUCAUCCAGACAAAAAUAACAAUAGCAAAGAGGCAACAGAAAGGUUUUCUUUAAUUCAAGCAGCUUAUGAAGUUUUAUCAGAUAAUUCAGAAAGAAGAUGGUAUGAUACACAUAGAGAAGAAAUCUUCCGUCAAAACAGCAGGACAGGCUCUGAAAGAAGCACAUUCACUGCUAUAACAGUAGAAGUACGUAUUCUGCUUCUUUCCUCAUUUUUUUAUAUAUCUCAUUAUUUUAAUGAAAUACAGGGUUUUUAUACAAAGAUAAGGAAUUUAUUUCAAAGAAUAGCAUCAGAAGAGCUGGCAUAUGCAGAUGAACAAGUUAAUAUAGAAAAAUUGCCACCAUUUGGACACGGGAAAUCCCCAUAUAUUCCAACAGUCAGAGAUUUCUAUGAGAAAUGGUCAUGUUUUUCUACAUUAAAAUCAUUUUCAUGGGUUGAUCAAUACAAAUAUAGGAAUUCAGAAAGAAAAGCAAAGCGUAUUAUGGAAAAAGAAAACAGCAAGCUCAGAAAAAUUGCAAUAAAAGAGUUCAAUGAUGCAGUAAAAUCUUUAGUUAAUUUUAUAAAAAAGCGUGAUAUAAGAGUCAAAAUUGAAAAGGUUUCAGAGACAGAUCGUCAAGCAUCUCUCCUUGCUUCUUCUAAAGCACAGGCAGAAAAAGAUAGGGCAGUAUUUCAGGCUAGUCUUGGUGUUUAUGAUGAACAAGAAUGGGCAAAAAUAAAUAUUAACAUAGAAGUGGAGGAAGAAGAGAAAGAUGAGGAAAUAUUUGAAUGUAUUAUAUGUAAAAAGUCAUUUAAAAGUGAGAAACAAUUCAUAGAACAUGAAAAAAGUAAAAAACAUAUUAAAUCAGUGAAUAUUUUUAAGAAAAUAUUAAAGAAAGUUCCAGGAAAUUUAGAUAUUAACAAUUUAGGCGAAGAAGCAAAUUUAUCAGAUAGUCAUGAAGAAUAUUUUACAGGUGAUGAAGAAGUUAAUUUUGAAUCAGAUCAAAAACAGGAUUUAAAUAAGCAAAAACAAGAUAAUUCUAAUAAAGAUAAUGACAAUUCUAUUAAUGAUGAUCAAUUGUUUCAAAGUUUAAAUGAAGAAUUAGAAGAAUCAGAUAUAAUAUAUAAUUCAGAAACAAGUUUUCUAGAAAUACAGGAUUAUGAAGACGAUAUAAGCAAAGAUAUUGAUUCUUUAUCAGAUAUUGUGGACAAGACUUUGACAAUUAAAAAAGAAAAUGCUACAGGCAAGAAUAAAUAUCCAAAAAACUCAAAAACAAAAGGAAAAAAAAAUAAGAAUACGAAUAUUAAUAGUAAUACAUGUACAUUUUGUUUAGAAAACUUCCCAAGUCGAAACAAAUUAUUCGAUCAUUUUAGACGCACUGGUCAUUCACAACCAUUACCUCAAUUAAGACGCAAAAAAUAA